GGCGGGUCGUGGUGCAUGCCGGGAGAGAGGGAGGUUUGAGCGGUGAACACCGGCGGCAGCUGGUUUAGGAGUUGGUUGACGGUCCCGGGUAUAGCGCCAGCAUGAGGCGGUCAGCAGCCCCAAGCCAACUACUCGCUGGAAAUGCAGCUAAAAGGCCUCGCUUCGUGCCACCAGUUAAAGUGACUCCAUCUUCAUACGUGUCGGUGGGGAAUGGGACGACGACAUUCGAGCCCAAGAAGGAGCUCGUAUCUCCAGACACAGGUGAAAGGAGCUGCGGGGGAGAAGUAGGAGCUGCACCGCCUGCUGUCACCCCCCAGAAGCCGGCAGCCGCUGCUGUCUCCAGGUUCAGACCUCCGACUGGUUUGGCCGCUCCUCUCCGAGCAGCAAAUCAGAUGGUGGACGGUAGAAGCGAGGAGGAAGAGGCGAGCUGCCCCCAAAAGUACUUCAGCGUGGUCUGGUGCAAAGCGUCAAAGAAGAAGCACAAGAAAUGGGAAGGAGACGCUGUUCUCAUCGCGAGAGGAAGAUCUGUGACGUUGAAGGACCUGGAAGGCAAAGAUAUUGGAAAAGGGUCGGGAUACAAGCUGAAGGAUCUGGAAAGCUUGGAAGAAGGCCACACCUUGAUGAUUGGCGGAAAGGAGAUUGAGGUGAUGGGUACAAUCUCAGCAGAAGAUUACACCAGCGGCAGGUGCUUUCACUCGUCAGUGAUGGCGCCCACCCAUACACCUUCAGAUUACGCCCCACCGAAACCAUUCACCAACCCAGUGAAAGAUGGGAGCAAAGAAGUCGGCGCAUCAAGAGACCUCCAGAUCUGCAAACCUCGACACGAUCCCAGCGCACCAAACUCUAUUGUAAUGCCGAGACCAUCGAAAUAUCACCAGCAAAUGUUCAAUAAAAGCGGCUAUCCUGUUGUAGAUGUGGUGGUGGAUCCAUAUGUGGCAGUCCAUCUACGACCCCAUCAAAAAGAAGGGAUUCUGUUUCUCUAUGAGUGUGUGAUGGGCAUGAGGGUCAGUGGACAAUUUGGAGCUAUCCUGGCUGAUGAGAUGGGCCUAGGCAAAACGCUUCAGUGUAUCUGUUUGAUCUGGACUCUUCUUCGCCAAGGUCCAUAUGGAGGGAAGCCUGUCUUCAAGAGAGCGCUGAUUGUGACCCCAGGGAGUCUGGUGAAGAACUGGAGGAAAGAGUUUCAGAAGUGGUUGGGAACAGAGAGAAUGAGAGUGUUUGCAGUGGAUCAGGAUCACAAGGUGGAAGACUUUGUCAGUUCUCCUUUGUACUCGGUGCUCAUCAUCAGCUAUGAGAUGCUAUUACGCUCUCUAGAACAACUCCAGAACCUGAGCUUUGAUCUCAUCAUCUGUGACGAGGGCCAUCGCUUAAAGAACAGCUCCAUAAAAACAACUUUGGCGCUCAGCAGUUUGUCUUGCAGCAGAAGGAUCAUCCUGUCCGGCACUCCAAUUCAGAACGAUCUCCAGGAGUUUUAUGCAUUGAUCGACUUUGUAAAUCCAGGAAUUCUUGGCGCUCUGUCCGCUUACAGAAAAAUAUAUGAGGAGCCAAUAAUUAGAUCCCGCGAGCCUUCAGCAAAUAAAGAGGAAAAAAAAUUAGGAGAUGAAAGAGCCACAGAACUGGGACGUCUAACAGGCCUAUGUGUUCUCCGAAGAACCCAGGAGGUCAUUAAUAAAUUUCUCCCUCCUAAAAUUGAGAGCAUUGUCUUCUGCAGACCCUCCGAGCUCCAGCUUGAUCUUUACAAAAGGCUUCUGAGCUCUCGUCUUGUUAAGUGUUGUUUGCAAGGCUCAGGAGACAGUAGUCCUCAUCUCGUGUGCAUUGGGGCACUGAAGAAACUUUGCAACCACCCGUAUCUGCUUUAUAAAACCAUCCAGGAGAAGAGCACCAGUGUGGAUGGCGAGGAGCAGGGCUUCUAUGAAACUCUGGCCGAGCUCUUUCCCUGCGGUUAUAGCACACAUACAGCUUCCGAGUCCGAAUCCGGGAAACUGCAGGUUUUAACAAAAUUAUUAUUAGCCAUAAGAGAGCACAGCCCCUCCGAGAGAGCGGUUCUGGUCUCUCAUUACACUCAGACCUUAAAUAUACUACAAGACGUGUGUCAGCGGCAUGGAUAUAAGUGCACCAGACUGGAUGGACAGACGCCGGUCACACACAGGCAGCAAAUUGUGGACGGAUUUAAUAGCAAGUACUCGACAGACUUCAUCUUCCUACUUAGCUCCAAAGCGGGCGGUGUGGGGCUGAACCUGAUCGGAGCCUGCCAUUUAAUUUUAUAUGACAUUGACUGGAAUCCAGCUAAUGACAUGCAGGCGAUGGCUCGUGUGUGGAGAGAUGGCCAGCAGCGCACUGUCCAUAUAUACCGGCUCCUGACCACAGGGACUUUAGAAGAAAAGAUCUAUCAGAGGCAGAUAAGUAAACAGGGUCUCUCUGGGGCGGUUGUUGACUUGACCCCGAAAUCAGGACAUAUUCGUUUUUCCGUGGAUGAACUCCGAGAUCUCUUUACUCUGCAUGAAGAUUCGGACUGUGUAACCCACGACCUGCUGGAAUGUGACUGUACAGUAACAAAACGCCUUCCAGCUGAUGCCACGGAAAAUCACUUCACGCCCAGGAGCUGUCACCUCGGCAGGAAGGCAGAGAAGAACAUUUCCAUGUCUGAAUUAAUGCAGUGGAACCACUUCUCCAUGCAUCAGCUUUCUGAUGAAUUGUUUCUCCAGCCAGGCAAAGAAUAUAUUUCCUUUGUUUUCCAGAACAUGACAAACGGCUAAUGGCGCUGAAUACGUGCCCCUGUGUGAGUAGUCCAUGAGAGGACAAUGCUUCGCAGAGACAUUGCAGACCUCCACAAGUUCACGGGAGCAGCGCUGUCUGUCCUUUACAUGAGAGGGGUUUUCUAGUUUUCAGUUUUGGUUUUAUAAAAUUGGACAUGAAAUGCACACUCUACUACCGAGGAACAUGUGGAGGGUACCAACGGAUAUAGACGCACAUGUGUUCACGAGGAAGUAACGUAGAACAUUGAAGUCCGUGUAGGAGACACGAGAUACUGAAAGGGAAACAAUAUAAUAAAAUAUUCCAAUCCAUAGACUUUCCAUAUAUGUGCAUCUACUGCACGGCCAGGUAAAGGAUAUUGGUAGAUAGCUUCUGGAGUAAGGACUGAUGCACACAAGCGUAUUUUUAAUCUGCAUCCGGCACCCAAUCACUUCAGUGGGGCCGCAAAAGAUGCUGUCCACAUCCGUAUGUCCAUUCUGCAGCCUUGGAAAAAAUAGAA